CUCUGGUUCCUGUAAAAGAAACUCUUGUUCACUUUCACAUUCAGACGAGAGAUUUUUUAGCUCUGAAGACAUUUAGCCAGCAAUUCAUCAGAUCAACUGCUCACUGCUCACACUGCAGACAUGAAGUUUGUGAUCCUGUUUGCUCUUUUCAGUGGGGCUUUUGCCGCCCCGUUCAUGAAGGAAGAGCAGGCAAAGCGAUUCAUCAGGCUGAAGAGACAGUCAGGAUACUGGGAUCCGCACCACUCUCAGAACCAGUGGGGUUACACCAUUCAGGAACAGGCAAACGAAUACUGGACAGCACUACGAACAGAUGCUCAGUACUACAUGGACAUGAGUAACAUGAUGUUUGACCGCUCUGUGGCUACGGAAAACAACAGGCUGUAUAUGGAGAUGCUGCGCCAAGCACGAGCUCACCUGGACAGUCAGACUGAUCAACACAGAUAAAUAAUAAAAAGAGGAAAAUUAAGGAGAGCAGAAAUCCUGUUGUAGACAAACAUAUUACAGUGCUUCCUGGUGGUUAAAGCUUAAACAUUUACCCUAAUGUGAUUUAGGAAUACAUUUGAACAUAUGACAUACAUUACAUGUACAUUACAUUGUAUAAAGUGGACAUCAGAGUUUAAAAUGGUUAUGGUUAAAAGGGUGCAUAAGAUGAUUUUUGUUGGCUACAAAUAACAAUAACAUGUUAAGGCUACACUUCUGUUGCCCAUUUUAAUAGAUAAGAUAAAGAGACAUGUAAUAUCCAAUGAUGAGUUGAACUAAUUACCCUUAAUAUAAAAUGCUGCAGUUGUGUAAAAUCUACAACUUAAUAUAUGGAUUUUUUUAUAUUAAUUUUAAACAUUUGCGAAUUAGAGUAGUUUGAUUAUUUUAGAACAACGAUGCCUACAA